GGUAAAUGUCGUGCAAUCGGUUGCAAUCAUUAUGGGUAUAAAUUUAACAGCAAAUCUGAUAUUUGAAAUUCAUAACUGCUUGGCCAUUACUACAGUUCACGACAUGGAAUAGAAAGAGAAAUUUUAAAAUUGCACCUGAAGGAAAUGGGCGCAUCUAAAGGAGAAAUGUCCUUUGGCGCUUGCGUCAUGAAAAGCGAGAGGGAUAUUGUCCCAGUGGCUGCCUGUCGGGGCUGGACCGACACAUGUGACUUCUGCGACAGGAGAUUUGGCGACUGGAUUGAUGCAACUGAGGAACAUCUCGCCAAAAUACCAACAAAGCAAGGAAUCCUUCAGAUAGCUUUGAAGUCCAAGAAUGUCACAGAAACUGUGAAUAUAAUUUUAGAUUGUAAAGACUUACAAAAAAGGGCUUAUGAAUCUGUGAAUGAUAUCAAAUAUAUCAUUGCAGACAAAAAAUCCAAAUUUAGUAAGAGUGUGAUUGUGUAUAGAUGGCUGACCUUCAAUGAAGGUCAUGAGAAAAUUCUCAUUCUCUGUGCCCAUUGGUAUAAUAACGGUGUUCUACCGAGAUUUGUCAAAUGUUGGCCAGGUUUGGGCAUUCUUCAAAAGACAAACUGCCUCACAUUUUCAGAACAAAGCCAACAAUGGUGUUAUCCUAAGAAAGACGCUUUCUGGAAGAAACCAAAGCCGUUGCCUACAAAAUCGGUAGAGGUUAUAAAAAGUUGUACUUUCACUCGAUCCUGUGAAAUCUGUGAUGCUUUCUUCAGCGAAUGGCAGCGUCUGGAUGAGGUUAUCAUCGAAGACAAAGCGCCUUAUGCAGCUGGUAUCUAUAUGCUUGCUCUUUCUUGUGAAGAGCAUUUCGAAAUUGUAGAAAUCGGCCACGGUCCACACGUUGUAAUAAAUAUUAAAAAAUCUUUAGAUAAAUAUUAUUAUGCUAGAUCCCAAAUCUUAAGAAGGCCAGAAUAUAUCCGUAGAAAUGAUGCUUUCCUCUUGGUACGUUGGAUGAAAUUGAAAAACCCGGAAAGCGAAAGCUGUUGCUACUUGUACGCUCAUUGGCUCAAUACUGGAAUCAAAGAACUAACGUGCAUCGGGAAAAAAUUACCAGGAAAGGAAUUACUUGAGAAAAUCAAGCAUUUUGUUAUUCGAACCUAUGAUAAUAAGUGGUGUUAUGAAACCGAGGUUUUCAAGCAGCACAAAAUCACGAAAAGUAAGCAGAGAAGAGAUAUUUUGAAUGAAAUGAAGUGCGAAAUACGAGAUUUCAGAUCCAGUGACUGAUGGCGGUAAAUAUAUAUUUGGUUUAUAUGUAUAAUUUAUUUGGAAUUGCUUCUUUGUUAACUUUAUUGUAAACUUGAACUUGAAAUAAGUCAAUGGAAUUACUAAGUCAAAUGAACUUGAAAUAAGUCAAUCUUAACGAAAGAAAUUCCACGUGAGGCGCCAAUUUGAUUUUUGAAAUCUUCCGAAUAUUUUUAUGUGAUAAAAGUUGCAGUUAAUGUUGUAAUUUCUUUUAAAAACAAAAAAAAAAUCAUUUUCAUUUACUUAAAACUUCUAAGCAUAUUAAGGAAGAAUAUUCAACAGCUCCGAUUCCAUUUUUUAAUGAAAUU